CUCUGUAUAAAGGAGGAAAGGCAGUAAAGAUCAGACAGAACACUGAAAGAGAGAAAGUGUAUUCAAGUGCUUCAAAGUACUUGGCCUGUAGUUUAAAAGAGAUCAGAUCAUAUUUCUUCACUGGAUUUACCUCAGGAAGGAUUUUAUUUCACUGAACAAGAUAAGCAAUGUGGAAAGCUUUGAUCCUGGCCAUCAUCACAGUGCUCCUCCUGCUGUUGGAAGGGGGAACGUCGACAGGUAUCCGCACCAGACGAGACCUGGCUCCCCCGUUGCACUCCAGGGGAAUCCGGGAUCCCUACGGCUCCUACUGCCAGAGGAGGGGAGGCUGCUGUCCGGGCAGAAAUGACCAAUGCACUGUCCCGUACAUGGAUACGAUCUGCUACUGCGACCUAUUCUGCAAUCGCACCGUUGCCGACUGUUGUCCUGACUUCUGGAAUCACUGUUUGGGGACAACACCUCCUACCAUCCUCGAUUCCUGUGAAAGAAACGGCCACAGGUUUCACUCAGGAGCAACCUACAAAGAGAACUGCAACUUAUGUACAUGUGGUCCGAAUGGACGCUGGGAAUGUGAGCAUCAUGCCUGUCUGAUGGAUGUUGACAUGAUCCAGGAAAUCAACCGAAGAGAUUAUGGGUGGAAGGCAGCAAACUACAGUCAGUUCUGGGGUAUGACCCUGGACGAGGGUCUGCGGUACCGUCUAGGCACACAGCGCCCUUCACGAACCAUCAUGAACAUGAAUGAGAUGCAGAUGAAUAUGAAUGGAAACGAUUAUAUGCCAAGUCACUUCAACGCAGCAGAAAAAUGGCCAGGGAAAAUCCACGAGCCGUUGGAUCAGGGCAACUGCAAUGCAUCCUGGGCCUUCUCAACGGCAGCUGUGGCGUCAGACAGAAUCUCUAUUCAAUCAAUGGGUCAUAUGACCCCACAGCUCUCGCCCCAGAAUCUCAUUUCCUGUGACACGCGUCACCAGGACGGCUGUGCAGGUGGCCGUAUCGAUGGGGCCUGGUGGUACCUAAGGCGAAGAGGAGUAGUGACAGAGGACUGUUACCCGUUCUCUCCGCCCCAGCAGACCCCUGCAGAAGCAGCUCGCUGUAUGAUGCAGAGUCGAGCGGUGGGCCGGGGAAAACGGCAAGCAACAGCGCAUUGCCCGAACAGCCACCGCUACGAAAAUGAAAUCUAUCAGUCAACCCCACCAUACAGACUGUCAUCUAAUGACAAGGAGAUCAUGAAGGAGAUUAUGGAUAAUGGACCUGUGCAAGCUAUCAUGGAGGUCCACGAGGAUUUCUUUGUCUACAAGAGUGGAAUUUACAAGCAUACAAAUGUCAAUUACCACAAAUCGCCGCAGUACCGCAAACACGCAACUCACUCCGUCAGAAUAACAGGAUGGGGAGAGGACAGGGAUUACAGUGGCAGAACACACAAGUACUGGAUUGCUGCCAACUCCUGGGGGAAGAACUGGGGUGAAAACGGUUACUUCCGCAUCGCCCGUGGUGAAAACGAAUGUGAGAUCGAGACGUUUGUUAUUGGUGUGUGGGGCAGAAUAAACAUGGAGGACAUGCACAGCCAUCAUCACCAUCAUGGAAGACGCAAGUAAAGCAGUGAGAUCUCUGUGUAUACAACACAAAUGUCAAUCAGGUCCAUGGCAGGUUGACUAAGAGUCUGAUUUGUGCCUGUUCCUUAUGAAUAUCAAUGGCAUAUUUAUAAAACAAUGAACUCCAGUGCCCCCUUCAGUCUAAAUACACAAGUUCACAGUCUUAGUGUAUAGUUUAAUAAAAAAAUGUAUUGUAUAUGUAAGGAAUAACUGACGACAGGCCAUUGAAUUAUAAGAAAAUAAUGCACACCCAAGGUGGUAAUCCAGCCCGGAUUACUUUC